AGCGGAGCCCCCAAGCCGGCCGCCUCAGGCAAGCAGGGCAACGUGCUGCCGCUGUGGGGGAACGAGAAGACCAUGAACCUGAACCCCAUGAUCCUCACGAACAUCCUCUCGUCGCCCUACUUCAAGGUGCAGCUCUAUGAGCUCAAGACUUACCAUGAGGUGGUGGACGAGAUCUACUUCAAGGUUACACAUGUUGAACCGUGGGAAAAGGGGAGCAGAAAAACAGCAGGCCAGACAGGGAUGUGUGGAGGGGUGCGUGGUGUUGGAACUGGAGGAAUUGUGUCUACUGCCUUUUGUCUGCUCUACAAAUUAUUUACACUGAAACUCACGCGUAAGCAAGUGAUGGGCCUUAUAACUCAUACAGACUCUCCAUAUAUUAGGGCUCUUGGAUUUAUGUAUAUUAGGUACACACAACCACCUACAGAUCUAUGGGACUGGUUUGAAUCCUUUCUUGAUGAUGAAGAGGACCUGGAUGUGAAGGCAGGCGGGGGUUGCAUUAUGACCAUCGGGGAGAUGCUUCGUUCCUUCCUCACUAAGCUUGAAUGGUUUUCCACGUUGUUUCCAAGAAUUCCCGUGCCAGUCCAGAAAACCAUUGACCAGCAAAUCAAAAGCAGACCUAGAAAAAUCAAGAAAGAUGGCAAGGAGGGAAUGGAGGAAAUAGAUCGGCAUGUGGAACGUAGACGUUCAAGGUCUCCAAGACGAUCCAUCAGUCCCAGGAGAUCUCCCAGAAGAUCCAGAAGCAGAAGUCAUCAUCGGGAAGGCCAUGGAUCAUCUAGUUUUGAUAGAGAACUAGAAAGAGAAAGAGAACGGCAGAGGUUAGAGCGUGAAGCUAAGGAGCGAGAAAAAGAAAGGCGGAGAUCUCGAAGUACCGAUCGCACGCUAGAACGGAGGCGAAGCAGAAGCAGGGAUAGAUACAGAAGCCGUAGUCGAAGUCGUGACAGGAAAGGAGAUAGAAGAGACAGGGACAGGGAGCGAGAGAAGGAAAAUGAGCGGAGCCGGAAAAAAGAGAGAGAUUAUGAUAAGGAAAGAGGUAGUGAGAGGGAAAAAGAUCGAUCUAGAGAAAGAUCAAAAGAGAGGAAAAGUAAGGGCGAUACAGAAGAGAGAAGACACAAGGAUGACAAAGAUGACAAGAAACACCGGGAUGACAAGAGGGAUUCCAAAAAGGAAAGAAAACAUAGCCGAAGUCGAAGCCGGGAAAGGAAGCAUAGGAGUAGGAGCCGAAGUAAGAACACAGGUAAGCGCAGCAGAAGCAGGAGCAAAGAGAAAUCGAGUAAGCAUAAAAAUGAAAGUAAAGAGAAGUCAAAUAAACGAAGUAGAAGCAGAAGCAGAGGCAGAACAGAUAGUGUUGAGAAGUCCAGAAAACGAGACCAGAGUCCCAGCAAAGAAAAAUCCAGAAAGCGUAGCAGAAGCAAAGAACGUUCCCACAGACACGAUCACAGCGACAGCAAGGACCAUUCGGACAAACACGAUCGCCGAAGGAGCCAAAGUACGGAACGAGAGAGCCAAGAAAAGCAGCAUAAAAACAAAGAUGAGACUGUGUGAACUCUUUCAGAAGUGGAUCACAUUGAAUCCUAUAAAUGUUUGAUUAAAUCCUGCUUAUUUUUUCUUAAAGUUGAGAUUGUGCAGUAGUUGAUGAGCACUCUUCUCCAACCUCCCUCUAGGCUGCAGAUCGUCAUUUCCUAUUUUGGGUAGGGAAGUGCCUUUGUAAACCCAUUCAAUGCAUUGACGGUUUCGAACCAUUUGUUUAGUUUAAUUCGUAAUGCAGAGAUUGUACUUGCAUUUUUAUUGUUCAGAUGUUUCUGAAAUGUACAGUCUGUACAUAUGUCCUGAAAAUGUUUUAAUUCCUUUGGCAUGGUUGCCAUGUUGGUUAAAUUUGUAUGAGGCAAUAAACUGCCACUAAUUCUA